AUGGCACUCGACAAGUACGGGCUAACACCUUUGCAUUGGACGUGUGAUCGCGGAGAGGCUGCAGCGGCUCGCUUACUAUUACAACACGGUGCAGAUGUCAAUGCCGUAGAGAAGCGCAUGUUCAAGCGGCGACCGCUUCAUUUCGCCGUCCUGGCGAGCUCUCAGGCAACGGUCCUCGAACUAUUAGCGUACCAUGCUGAUGUGCUGGUUGUGGAUUACCGUGGGUGGGCGCCAAUUCACGGUGCGGCUUAUAGUGGAGAUGUGGGUGUGCUGACGGCGCUGCUAGAUGCUGGAGCAAGUGCUACCACUCAGUUAACGAGACGACGCGAGACGGCGCUGCAUAUUGCCGCUAGUCGAGGAAACGUCGAGGCCGUUCGACUGCUGGUAAAGCGCCAUCCGGAUGAUAGGAGCUUAGUAGAGAUGAAGGAUGACGAGGGCUUUACAGCGUCGCAUGUGGCCGUUCGUAAUGGAUUCGAAGCUGUUGCGUGUCUGCUUGGUAUGUAG